GUGCACGGUCUGGUGGUGCCCCGCGUGCGAGCGGGCGGCUUGCAGGUCUUGCCACACCAGGCGGCGACGGGGGCUUGCUGGCUGCGGUUGUUCGGAACGAACUGCUGCCGAACGUCUGGGUGAUGCUGCGCAGCUCGCGGCGCACGUCCAGCAGGCGCCCGCCGCCGGGCCCGCCCCCGCCGGCACGGCGCCAUGUGCGGCUGCCUUGGAGGACGAGGCCCUUCCGCCUGCACUCAUGGACGGCUCGGUGGCAGAGGGGGUGGACAUCGCCGUGGUCCUUGAAUCGUUGGCUGCGGCCGGCCCCACGCUCGGGACGGUCGAUCUGGGCAGGUUGCCGCGGCAUUUCCUUGCGCGCAUCGCGGAUGUAUGCGCCGCGGCCAUGGGCGAGUUCGCCGAGUUUUAUUGUCAGCGCGGGCCCGCCGCAGAGGCCCAUGCCAGGCGGGCAGCCUUGGUUCUUUACUUCCUGCCCACGCUCAUGGCGCAUCCGACGCCGAAGGCGGACGAAGAGGAUGCUAGCGGGGUGCCUGCCGCGGAGGGUGGCCAGCCUGGGCGGGCGUUCAGCUCGGACGUCUGGCAUCGCAUCAAGCUCGCGGAGUGCUAUCGGUUAGGCGAGCUGCUGGACAUCUAUUCCCGUUCGGUCCAGGCCACCUUCGAGGCGAUGCGCGACCUGGUGGAUGUCCACGCCGAGGACGCCGCGCGGGCCCAGGUGCUGGAGGAGGCCUCGAGCAUCCUUGCAGACGCAGGGGUGCGGCCGAUCCGCGUCUCGCAGCGCGACGUGGUUCGGGAAUCCUACGCGCUGAAUGCUGCGGCAGCACCCGGGCCGAGCGGAUGGUCAAAUGCCAUCCUGCUGCGGAUCGUGCGUGCGCGGGCUGGCCCUGCGGCCCUUGCAGCUUUUGCGGGGGUGGUCACGCAUGGGCUCCUGUCUGCAGCUGACGCGGUGCUGUGGGGCGCCGCUGUUAUAGCACCUGUGAAUCAGGGGCGGCGUCGGCAGGACGGUUCGUGGAAGUACCGUCCUGUCGGGCUCAUGGAGGCGCCGUUGAAGUUCGCCGAGGGCAUCGCUGUCAAGAAGCAGCUCGCCAUGAUCCGGCGGUGCGUGGAGCCUGGCGCCUUGGGGCUCACCCCAGCGGGCGGCACCCAGGGAUCCUUCCUCAUUAAGGUCGUCUUCGACAUCGUGGUCCAUGCCAUCAAGAUGGACGCUAUCGGCCGGGAGCGGCUCCGAGCCCCAGGCGGAAUGCCUGCCAGCAUCGGCAUCGCGGAUGACUGGUAUGUCGCCGCUGCGGCAUCGGCAGCCACGCGGGUUUUGGAAGACUUGGAGGUCCAGCUCGCAGCGGAGAACCAGCGGCUGCUUCCUGCCAACUGCACUGCGUAUUUCCCUGCCGUGGAUGCCGAGCUGGAGUCCCUCGGCCCCGCAGGCGAGGGCUUGAGCUGGCGCGUCUCGAGGUCGUUCGGGGGCUUGGAGGCGCUGGGGUCGGCGCUGCAGGGCCGCUGUGCUAUGCGCGUCCGCGCGACUAGCGCUAUCCAGGAGGAGGGCCCCGCGGAGGCGCGAGCCGAGGAGGUUUGCAAGCUGUGCCAGGCUCUGCUGGACAUGAUCCGUUGCAGCACUCACCCUGGCACUUGCCAUGCUGUGUACACCAUGCUGGCGCGGAGCGUUGCGAGAAGGCUGGAUUAUAACAUGCGGCUGUGCCCACGGUGGGCGCUAACGCAGCGCGCGGCGGCAGCAGUGCAGGAGGUCUUAGAGGCGCUCGCGGCGCAGCGCCUCGACCUCGACAGCAUGGCCAUCGCGGGCGUGCACACCUUCCUCGGUGGCUUCGGCAUCCGGCCGGCUGAUUUGCCGCAUGCGCGGGUGGCAUAUUGGGCUUGCCACGUUGCAGUCCAGGCUGAUGCGACUGAGGCCGCGUCCCGGCUUGGGCGCCCUGCCGCGGUGCACCCCGACGCACCCCUCGCUGCCCGUGCGCGGGACGAGCUCGUCAGCUGCGGCCUCCAGCUCUGCCCCGGGCGCAUCGACUUCACGGCCGAUGCGCGGCUCGAGUAUGAAGCCGGCCCCUGGGUUACCGAGCUGUCCGCGGAGGCCGUGUUUGAUUUCCACGCCGAGGUAGACGAUGCCCCUGGCGGCCAUAUGCCCCUGCUGCUCGCGAGCCAGGACCCUGCUACGGAGGGGCAUGACUGGGGCGGUCGGCGGCGGCUUGCCGCGAGGGCGUACCGCCGCCUCGCCGCCCUCGCGGCGACGCGCCUCUGGGGCCGGCUGUCAGCAGCGCGCCAGGCACGCCUGCUGGCCGGCGGUGGGCUCGGAGCCGGUGUCUUCUGGAAUGGCUUUCUGCGCGAGGGGGAGACGGCGCUCACCGACGCCGCUUUCGUGGUCAUGUUCCGGCGCCGCCUUCUCCUCAACUUGCUGAGCGCCCCAGUGGCGUGCGCCUUCCGUUAUUCGGGCGCCGCCAGCGACGAGCGCGCGGGCACGUGCUGUGGGCGGCCCCUCGACGUCGCGGGCUUGCAUGCCUUGCAGUGCCCUGUUGGGCCACACCGCAUGCGGCUGCACAACGAGAUCGUGCGGACCCUGGCGGCCCGCUUGGACCUGGUGGUCAGUUGGCCAGGCAUGCCAGUUCCAGUCUGGGUGGACGUUACGGUCCGCUCCGCCGAUCCGUCGGGGCCAGCAGCACGCACGAUCGGCCAUGCCGCCAUUGGCGCUGAGAGGCACAAGCGGGAGCGUUACGGCGACGCCGUCGUGCCCUUCGCUGUGGAGGCCGAGGGGCGGCUCGGCCCACAGGCGCAGCGCUUCGUCGCGGACAUGGCAGCCGCGGCACGCCGCGUUGCAGUGCUCCCUGGCGAGGCGAGCGGGCGCCUGGGCAGCGACUUUGCGCGGAAGCUCUCGGAGCGGUGGUCAGGUGCCUUGACGGCCCCGAUGGCCGACCUUCUGUUGGCCGCGGCAGAGGGCGCUGGCGUGGGGCCGUGGCUGGGGGCGCGCCAGCUGCUGGCGUA